AUGACUUCGGUUCGGAAGCUGGAGCCUGCAGUGGACGAUUGCUCCGACAUUUUUUUGAAGGCUAUGUACGAGCUCAAAGGGGAAGAAAUUGAUCUCGGUGUUUGGUUACAUUGGUGGGCUUUUGAUGCUGCUGGCGCUAUCACGUUCAACAAGCGUCUCGGCUUUGUAGAGAAGCGAAUGCCUUCGUUAAACCGAUAUCUCAUUGGCAAUGAUACAUUCUUGGAAAUUUUGAAGUCGCUGCCGGGAUUUUUUGACCCAUUUGGUUACAUGUGCUCGAAUGCGACAGAGGAGUUGAAACGGUAUGAGGAUCAUGGCCAAAGAAACGACUUUCUAGCAUGGCUCAAAAAUAACACCGAUGCUGGAAAGCACAAUGUCAGCGAGCCAGAUAUGAUCGGUUCUCUACUGGCCAACUUCAAUCUCUCUGAGCAUAUCAGCUAUGCGGAAAGCUUACAACUACCCUACCUACAGGCAGUCACGAAAGAAGCACUCCGCCUUCAUCCAGCAGUGGCAGCACCUCUAGAACGUGUAGUGCCACCUAGAGGAGCAACAGUGUGUGACCAUUACCUCCAAGCCGGCACGAUUGUCGGAAUCAACCCCUGGGUCACCAAUCGCGAUACAACCAUCUUUGGGCCAUAUGCCGAGAAGUUCCGCCCUGAGCGUUGGAUCAAUUCAUCUGAAGAGCAACUAAAGGUCAUGAGUCGAUACUCUAUGGCGUUCGGGCAAGGUUCACGUAAUUGCAUCGUUGGUAAAAAUCUCUCGCUUCUGGAAAUGAGUAAGGUUGUACCACAGCUACUGCGGGAGUUCGACAUAGAGUGGGCAUCGCCCAAGCCGGACUGGACGGUGGCAGCGCAUUUAUUUUCCAUGCAGGAAGGCCUGGUCGUUCGACUCAAACCGCGCAAAACUGGUGAUAAGAAAGGGAAAUCGGUGGCCUAG